AUGGCCUCUGGAGGCGAUGAAGGUUCGAGCUCCGAUGGGCAACCGAUAAGGUUGACCUACAAUGUCGAAGGGGCCCGCGAACGCGAGAUGCACAUGUUCUAUCCCUACUGGGGAAUCCCUCCGAUUAAAAAGCGAUCCGCCAACGCCUCUCGGGACAACGUUCUGACUGUCUUCGCCCAGCUGGCGACCCUCCGGCUGAAGGCCAAACGAGCUCUAAUCUCUCUCUUCGACCGAACGACCCAAUACGUAGUCGCGGAAGCCACACCGCGUUACGACCUUCGCCGGCAUGAGGACCACCAACAAGACUCGAACGCGAAGGCCAAGUCUGGGAAUCUGUGGCUGGGAGUGUGUCAGAUGUCCCGUGAACACAUGAAAAUGUGCGAUCAUGCGAUGCAGAGCUUCGUGGAGAAUCCAGAGUCCAUGUUCAUGGUACGCGAUUUGUCCCAAGAUCCCCGCUUUCACGACCAUCCCUCUGUGGCCGGACAUCCGCACAACCGAUUCUACGUGGCGGUACCGAUCGUGUCCCCAGGGAAGCAUGUUAUUGGAAAUUUUGUGGUCAUCGACGACAAGCCUCGGGAUGGACUUAGCGAAGAGGAUACUACUUGCAUUCGAGACUUGGCAUUAACAGUGAUUGAUCAUCUGCAAUCGCAACGAGCGAUGCGCGAGGAAUAUCGCGAGGAGAAGAUGGUGAAGGCUCUGGCUUUGUUUGUGAAUGGAAAGUCGGACCUGGGCGAAUGGGGCCAGAACCAGGAUGGACGGCCAACGAAGAAUCCGGGUGGUGCCUUAGUCGAUAUGUCGGAAGUCAGAAAUCGCCUGGACGAUCUGAAAUCGCCAAAGGAGACGGGAGAAUCGUCGCCCGAAGAAGACAACCCCGAGGGAAAGGAAGAUGACUUGGAACAUCAGGAAAUCCAAUCGGGACAGCAAGCCCAAUCGCAAUUACAGCAGAACAGGGUCAGCUCGAAAACAUUCAAUGAUCAGGAUCAAGAUGACACCCCCAUGUCUCCGAAGGGCACCAGGAGGGCACAUGCCCAGGGACGGCCCACUCGACCGAAGCUUUCACCAACAACCAGUCGUCUGCAAGAAUCUUUGGUGCCUUCCAAUGUACGGACGAUCUUGAGCCGUGCUUCAAACCUAAUUCACCAAGCACUGGAUGUCGAAGGGACGAUGUUCCUUGACGCAUCCGUGUACGCGAGACGGCAAAUGAUGGGCUCGACGAGCGACCUGCACGAAGACCGCAAUCCCAGCCCGCGAAAAAGCUCGGGUGACAGUAGUCAAUUGACGCCCCGCAAGAAACCAGCUAGAGAUCAGAAUUUGGGCUCCGCCACCUUGGUGCUCGGUCACUCAACGAAUGCAGGCGCCACCCAAUCGCACGAACCGGGUGAUCGGCAUUAUGUAUCCCUUAGUAGCGAGCUGGUUAGUCGCAUCAUCGAUCGCUACUCGCGCGGAAAGAUUUUCCAUGUCGAUGCAGACGGAACGAUCACCAUGAGCUACGAGGGGACUGCGCUGAGCUCGGAACUGGAAACCCAUGUUCGCGGGGAAAGCGGCGGCAAGCAGGGAAAGGCCCCUCACGAUGCGAUGAUUCAGGAAGAAAAUCGGGAUAUCAGCGACCUCAUCAAGGUCAUGCCGGGCGCACGCUGCAUCGCCAUUUUCCCUCUGUGGGAUUUCCAGCGCAACCGAUGGUUCGCGGUCAAUGUGGUGUGGACGAGAGACCCGGGUCGAGUGCUGUCGGAGCCCAAGGACUUGACGUACAUGGCAGCGUUCAGUAACAGCGUAAUGGCAGAGAUCUCGCGACUGAACCUGCAGGCUGCCGACCGCGCCAAGGCCGAUUUCAUCUCGUCGAUUUCGCACGAAUUGCGCUCCCCGCUGCAUGGCAUCCUAGGUACAUUGGAGCUGCUGAACGAUACCGCGACCAGUGUCACACAGCGGCCUCUGCUCGAAACCGUCUCGAGCUGCGGGAAGACCUUACUCGAUACCCUGAACAACCUGCUCGAUUAUGGCAAGAUGAAUGCGUUGAACGACCCUCAAGGCUCGCAGAAGCACAAUGAGGCCAAGAACGAUGAAGAAAGGCGCACCAGCAAAUCGGCCGGGCCGCCCGAGCAGGAAGAGGACCUGAGUCUGAUUGUGCAGGAGGUGGUAGAAGGCUUGGUCGCGGGGCAGGACUUUUUCUGGCGAAGUACUGAAACCAAACCCGAAAAGGAGAAGCGUGCGAAGGAGAAAAAGGCCAAGGGUAAUCUCAAGGAUGUCAUCACGAUUGUGGAUAUUCAGUGGCAGGAAAGCUGGCUUUGCAAAGUCAACCCGGGCGCUUGGCGGCGCGUCAUCAUGAACCUCUUCGGCAACGCCUUGAAGUAUACCGAGAAGGGAUGUAUCCGUCUGCGCAUGGAGAACGGCAGCAUGCUCCUCGAUAACGAGAAAGUCCCUGCAGUCCGGGUCGUCAUCACGGAUUCUGGUCGCGGUAUGUCCGAGGAUUACAUUCUGCAUCACUUGUACACGGCAUUUGUUCAAGAAGACACCAUGUCUCCUGGAUUAGGUGUGGGUGUCCACAUUGUGAACCAGAUUGUCAAAUCUAUGUCCGGGCAAAUUGAAUUCAACAGCGAGCUGGGUGUGGGCACCGAAGUUAGUCUACUGAUUCCCGUUACCAUGAUCAAUGACGAGCCGAGGACGUCGUUGGCUUCGUCGAGGUACACGAGGCUAAAGGAAAGAUUGCACGGCCGAACGGUGGCAUUAUUCACGGAUACAUUCCGAGCCAACGAUCUCAAAGUGAAGCCAGAGUUUGUGGAGAGCAUUGUAGCGAAUCUUCGCAAGAUGAUUAGCGACUGGUUUGGCUUGCGGGUCCUGACGGCGAGCGAGUUAGAUGGACAGUCGGCAGACAUCAACAUCAUCACCCAGGAUGAGUACAGUCGCCACCACCUCGAGGAAGAGAGUGAAUCUGGAGCGCUCAGUCCAACCUCGUCCGCCAGCAUCAGAUUCCCGUUGAUUGUCCUCAGCGCCAACGCUACCAAGGCUGCUGAUCUCAGUAGCGACCGGGACGAUGUUGUCUUCUUCUAUCAACCUGUGAGUCCCAAGAGUUUGGCUCUUGCGUUCGAGACGUGUCUCGACAUCAAGGAACGGUCCUCGGGAGAUACCACUCCUGAUCGGAUGCAAACAACGCCGUCCCCGCCUCCUAGCGAUCCGACUCCUCUGCCCGAGCCUGCCAUCAAUGGCUCCCACGCUCAGACCGCAAAAUCGACCAAGAUCAAAGGUUCCGGAGAGAAACCAGCGGCGUCUCCACAAGACAGUCCGGUGGUAGAUUUCUCGGACGACCAAGCAGGUCAGCGCCGGCAACCAAACACUGGUUCGGGACCGCGCAAGGUUCUCCUUGUGGAAGAUAACGCCAUCAAUCUUCAGCUUCUCGAAAUGGCGGUCAGAAAGUCCAGCUUUCAGUACCACUCGGUGUCAAACGGACUGGAAGCGAGCGAAGCCUUCCGCAGAACGGCAUUCGACGCCGUCGUAAUGGACAUCUCGAUGCCGGUAAUGAACGGACUCGAGGCGACGCGCAAAAUCCGGCAAUGGGAGCGAGCCCAGGGGCUGGAACCUACUGUCAUCAUCAUCCUCACGGCCGGAGUGUCGCCGGAUAUCCAACAAGAGGCGCGAGCCAGCGGAGUGAACUUGUUCUUGAUGAAACCGAUCUCGAUUGCGAAGCUACAGGGAGUUUUGCGCGACAUGCCUGACGCGAAGAAGGGGGCUCUAUUCUAG